GCGUCUUUAAGUGUCGCCGUGACACGUGUGUGAGGCGCCGAGGGCCCGGAUGGUGAGUGUACUGGGCCCGGGCCGAGCAGACGACAGCGCCGCGGGGCUGCAGCGUGCCGGGUGAGGGUCAGGUUCUGACGCCCACCCUGGGCAACACGCUGGCAGCUCUGGUGAUUUCACAGGCCAGAGACGAGGAGCACGCGUAAAUGUGAGGUCCCAGCCCCACGCUCGCCCAGUUGGACCAAGAACCUGACCUCAUGCCGCAGCAGCAGUGCACCCAAGUUCAGAUGUCUCAGUGAUGCACCAUGCCAAUUGUCGAUAAGUUGAAGGAAGCCCUGAAACCUGGCCGCAAGGACUCGGCUGACGAUGGAGACCUGGGCAAGCUUCUGGCCUCCUCUGCCAAGAAGGUCCUUUUGCAGAAGAUCGAGUUCGAGCCAGCCAGCAAGAGCUUCUCCUAUCAGCUGGAGUCAUUAAAGAGCAAAUAUGUGUUGUUGAACCCCAAAACGGAGGGAGCCUGUCGCCACAGGAGCGGAGAUGAAACGCAGGCCAGGAGACAGGGCAGCGAGCAUGUGUAUGAGAGCGGCGGCGGCGGGGAUGGUGUUCCCGCCCCACAGAAAGUGCUCUUCCCCAUGGAGCGGCUGUCUCUGAAGUGGGAGCGGGUUUACCGUGUUGGAGCCGGACUCCACAACCUUGGCAACACGUGCUUCCUAAACUCCACCAUACAGUGCUUGACCUACACACCGCCUCUCGCCAACUACCUGCUCUCCAAGGAGCAUUCUCGUAACUGUCACCAGGGAAGCUUCUGCAUGUUGUGCGUCAUGCAGAACCACAUCGUCCAGGCCUUCGCCAACAGCGGCAACGCCAUCAAGCCCGUGUCCUUCAUCCGGGAUCUGAAAAAGAUCGCCCGGCAUUUCCGCUUUGGGAACCAGGAGGACGCACACGAGUUUCUGCGGUACACCAUUGAUGCCAUGCAAAAAGCCUGCUUGAACGGCUGUGCGAAGUUGGAUCGUCAAACACAGGCUACCACUUUGGUCCAUCAAAUUUUUGGAGGCUAUCUCAGAUCACGUGUGAAGUGCUCGGUGUGCAGGAGCGUCUCGGACACCUACGACCCCUACCUGGACGUGGCGCUGGAGAUCCGGCAAGCUGCAAAUAUUGUGCGCGCUCUGGAACUUUUUGUGAAACCAGAUGUCCUGAGUGGAGAGAACGCCUAUAUGUGUGCUAAAUGCAAGAAGAAGGUUCCAGCCAGCAAGCGCUUCACCAUCCACAGGACCUCCAACGUCCUAACCCUGUCCCUCAAGCGCUUUGCCAACUUCAGCGGGGGGAAGAUCACCAAGGAUGUAGGCUAUCCGGAAUUCCUGAACAUCCGUCCCUAUAUGUCACAGAGCAGCGGCGAGCCUGUCACGUACGGGCUGUACGCCGUCCUGGUGCACUCGGGCUACAGCUGCCACGCCGGGCACUAUUACUGCUACGUGAAGGCAAGCAACGGACAGUGGUAUCAGAUGAAUGAUUCCUUGGUCCAUCCCAGCAACGUCAAGGUGGUGCUGAACCAGCAGGCCUACGUGCUCUUCUACCUGCGAAUUCCAGGCUCCAAGAAGAGUCCUGAGGGCUCCAUCUCCAGGACAGUCCCCUCCCUCUCCGGCCGCGCCAGUGUGGCUCCAGACCACAUCAGGAAGAAUAUGAGCAAUGGGACUCUUUCGUCCCCGCUGACUGGAAAGAGACAAGACCCUGCGACGAUGAUGAUGAAGAAGCUGCAGACCACUGAAGAGACUGGCGUGCCCGUGUCCAGGAACGGCUCCUUGUUGGGCCUGAAGACUCAGAAUGGAUACGCUCCCCCAAAGCCGCCCGCAGGGUCCCCUUCCCCCAGACUGUCUAAAACACCCACCCACCUGCCAACCAUUCUGGAUGAGCCUGGAAAGAAAGUCAAGAAAUCAGCUCCCCUACAGCACUUCUCCCCAGCUCUCAAAACUUCUCAGGGGUUCCAUGGUGGCAGCGACCUGAGUGGCAGCCGGUGUGAGAGCCGCAGGCUGGGCUCCUGGGAUGGCAGGGGCCCCAUCCUCUCUACCUCACCCAAGCUCCCGGCUGCAGUGACUGCCAACGGGCACGGGCCCAAGGGCACCGCCGAGGGCUCCGACCUCGAGAGUUCCAGCCCAGAGCACUCCGCCAGCAGCGACCCUGCCCAGGCCCCCCACACCCCCAAGAGCGGAGCCCGCUUCUGUGAUUCUCAGGGAACGACUUCUGCUGCUGCCCCCUCCAGAACGCUGCUGGGUGGGGAAGACUCCAAGGUGGUGAAGCCAAGGUCCCCCGUCCUGAGCAACACCGCCACCGAGCCUGCAAAUACCAUGUCUCCUCCACCAGCCAAAAAACUGGCCCUCUCUGCCAAGAAGGCCAGCACCCUGCGGAGGGCAAGCGGCAGUGACCUCCGUGCACCCCCCCACUCACCAUUCUCCGGCCUCACCUACCCCAGGAAAGCCGCUCACCCCGCCGUCGCCUGCACCCGGCCUGCCAGCACAACCAGGGCUGUUUCACCUGCUCCCAGAUCAUCCAGCCAUCUGAAGCCCCCCCUCGGCCCCCACCCUGCGACACUGCGCAGUAGCCCCCGGCCUCUCCAGACAUCAGGCCCACAGGACUCCACCUCUGCUCCCCUGCCUCAGGUCAAUGGGGGCUUCAGGGUCCCUCCAUACCAGCUGCCGGAGGCCAGGGAGCCCCCCCAGAGCCUCUGUAAGAAGAGGAAAAGGAACCGCUCAGGAGAGAUGCAGGGGUGGGGUUUAGAGGCAGGGGAGGCAGUGGCCCCUCCCGGGAAGAGGAGGAAGAAGAAGAGGAAGCGCCCAGAGGACUCGGACACCGCCCCGCCACAGAAAGGGCAGAUGCAGAGACAGCACUGGGGCCCCGAGUGCAGGAAGCAGAGCCGGGCAGAGCUGCUGGCGGACAGGCUGGAGGAAGAGGGCGGCCAGUGCCUGAUGAACGGUUGGCAAGUGGGGUGUGGGACAGACGGCCCCCACGUGAGCAACAAGAAGAGGAGGAGGAAGGGAACGGAGGGCCUGGGCAGAGGAGACUGCCUCCAGCAGAACCCACCUUGGCACAGCUGCCCUCCCUCGGAUGUCCUCGAGCCAGAGGCCACUGUGGCAUCUCCAGGGAAAAAGAAAAAGAGAAAAAGGAAGCAGGAGUCACAGCAGGAAGUAGCAGGACAUGAGCAUGUGGCAGCAUGGCAGGGCGACAGGCAGAGGGGCUCUGCCAGCCCUGGGAGUGCCCUGCCCGCUGUAAAUGGUCAGCGUCCUGAGGACCGCGCAGGGCUGGAACAGGCUCCUCUGCUCUCCUGGAACAGAGAGCGAGAAUCCGACGUGGUCCAGGAAUUGCUCAAAUACUCAUCUGAUAAAGCUUAUGGGAAGAAAGUGUUGACGUGGGACGGCGAGGUGUCGGCCGUUAGCCAGGAUGCUGUUCAGGACAGCAGGGUGGCCCGCACAGCCACCGUGAUCGACGACUGGGACGAAGAGGUUGAUUGCGGGAAGGAAAAGAAAAUUAGAAAAUUCAAGAGAGAGAAGAAAAGAAACUUCAACGCCUUCCAGAAGCUUCAGAGUAGACGGAACUUUUGGUCUGUGACUCAUCCAGCCAAGGCCACCAGCCUCAGCUACCGCCGCUGAGUCGCUGCUGACAAGCUAGACUCCCGGAGACGGGGCGUCCCUCCCUGGGAACUGUCCGCCUGGACUGAAGAGCAGCCUUGUGGACCCCACUGGCUCUGUCACCCAUGGGUUCCGCACGGUGAGCCACCGUGGGAGGACCGCACAGAGGCUCUGGCUUCCGUGCAUCAGGACCUCUGGUGACACGACACAACGGUGACAGACCACACGGUGACGUGUGGAGCAGGUGGCAGGCAGCACAGCGGCUGGGACCUGACAGCGGCGUCCUGACCGGGGCCGUGGGAGAGAGCAGGAGAGAGUGGUGGCCACCCCUGUCACCGAGGGUCCCUGAGAGCCCCUACGAUGAGCAUGUGUGGUGAGCCGUCCGCCACCUGUUCCUGGUGGCUGGCGCUGCCUCUCGCCCUGUGCCCUGCCCCUCCUUGUCCCCUCAGGGUGGGGCUCUGUCUGUAUGCCUUACCUGUCCUCCCUCAGGAAGUAAGAGCCAAGGCCGGCCCCACACUGCCACCUCUCCCUUUCCUGGAGUCGGGGGCGGCCCUGCCAGUACAUCUCUUCCUUGCGAGAAACAGCCAUCUCUGGAGAGCAGGUGGCUAUUUUGGGGCGGGGUGGGGGCUUGAACUCUGUGCCGACUCUCUGCUCUUCAGGCUACGGUUCAUUCUGAAGGGCUUUCCCGAACCUCCCCCUGCAGCUGCAGUAACCGUGGGUCUUUAUGGAGGUGGUGGUCGUGGGGUAGAAUCCUCCUUUUAUUUUACUACGUAACAUAAACCAUUUAGUUUUGACCAGGCCUGUGGCUUCCAUCAGCAAUAUGUUUCCUUUCCCUAAUAUGCAAAUACUGGCUUUCUUUGCUCAAUUUUGUGAGUGCUUUUGAAUUUAGAUGAUUGUAUAACUCGAGAUCAUUUUUUAAUCUUGCUCAAGCUGUGCCUGCAAACUUAUAAUUUAAUAAUUACGGGAAAUCCUCAGUGAAGGGUGGUAUUUUUCCGCAAAACAGACGAACGACCCGUAGAAGCUACAGAAGUAAAUCUGAAAAUCAUU